CUCCGGGAUUAAAACCGCGUUAAUCGGGGCCGGAUUAACUCCCUGGAAACCGGCUGCGAUCGGAGCAGCUGCGAAUGGCGAAUAUCCCCCCCAAACCGGGAUAUGCGGCGGGGUGCUGAGGGGGGAAAGACAUCACCCGGCCAGAUGCCACGCCGCGAUUAAACGGGAAGGAAAAGAAAUAAUCAAGGAUCUCAUCCGCUGCUUUUGGGAAGGGCUGGGCUGGCUGGGAUCCGGCAGCCCCUCCUCUUCCUCCUCCCUCCUCCUCUUCCUCUGGCUCGCUGCUGGCCAGCCGCUGUUCCUCGGAGGAGCCCCGCCGGCCGCCAGCGAUGGGCGACAUCCCCGGGCUGGUGCGGAUCAGCGUCUCCCUCAGGAUCCAGCCCAACGACGGCGCCGUGUACUUCAAGGUGGACGGGCAGCGCUUCGGCCAGAACCGCACCAUCAAGCUGCUGACCGGGGCCAAGUACAAAAUCGAGGUGUCCCUCCGACCCGGCACUGUCCAAGCCACGACCAUGGGCAUCGGCGGCGUCAAUGUCCCGCUGGAGGAAAAAUCACGGGAUGCACAAGUGGCCUCUUACACGGGGAUCUACGACACAGAAGGGGUGCCCCACACCAAAAGUGGGGAGAGACAGCCCAUCCAAGUCAACAUGCAGUUUAAUGACAUUGGCGUUUUUGAGACAGUCUGGCAAGUCAAAUUCUACAACUACCACAAACGGGAUCACUGCCAGUGGGGAAACAGCUUUGGCAGUAUUGAGUACGAGUGCAAACCAAAUGAAACACGCAGCCUCAUGUGGAUCAAUAAAGAGACCUUCCACUGAAGAGAUGGGAAACCAAUACUGCUGGACAAUCUCCCUAAAGAAAAAUCUACCUUUUUAAACCAGCAAGAAGCCUUAACAAAGGCAUACUGUAACACUGCUUUGUCCAUAAGGUUCCAGCAACUACAUUGUAUAUACAGGUGGUGCCACUAAAAUAUUUGCCUAUUACUGUAUUUUAAGUUUACCAUGGCAUCUGCAACAUUCUUUAUCUGUCACCCUGAGAAUACUGAAAGGUUCAUGGUAAAGGAUUGUCUGAUAGCUUGGUAGGAAGUCAUAUCAUAAUACUGUUGUAAGUAUUUGGAUUAUUCUGACUAGAUGUAACAACUUUUGUGAAGUGUUUUGUUUCAUUGCUUAGAAUCUGGGUUAACAUCACAUUGGUGAUUUCUGUAUUUACAUUUGUGUUUGCUCCAAAAUCGGUGUGUUCCUUCAAGCAUUUUGUCGUACUGUCCUCCCAGUGGACACCAAAAAUUAAAAAUGUGGUAACUUGUAGAUUUAGUUAAAUGGCAGCUAAUGCACUGUUGGUAUUGUGCUUUCAUACCAAGGGAUUUGGGAACUCAUUCUCCCUUUUGUUAAGUGCUGUAAGAUAUUCUGUGAAGUUUGCUAAUUUACCAAAUCUAAAGAGGAUUUCUUUUUUGUUAAGUUGCCUAGUCUUUGAAAUAGCAUUAGGAAAUGGUAUAAAACAUUAUGAAGGAAGUGCAAUAAAUCAGUUGUGUUAUCCAAGACAUCUAACAACGUGGCUAAGACCUAUCUUAAGAUCAUAUAGUAUCCUUGAGAGAUACAGCAGCCAUACUUAAUUUAUUUCCUAGAGUAAGAGUUCUGACAUUAAACUCCAUUAUUAUUUCAGUGGCACAUUGCUGAAAUCAGUUAAAUCUUACAAAUCAACAUUUUCAAGCCUGACCACUGUAUUCAUUGACAAGAUUUCUGACCAACAAGCACUCAGUAGUGUGAAGGGUGCAGAUCCCAGUGCAUGUUUAUACAUGCACUGCAGUCUUUCAAAUAAAGAGAAGCAUGCAAGCAUUUGCAUAGUUAUAACAAAAGGUGCUUCAUAAACACUAGAUCAGUGUUUAACACAAACAUACAACACAAAACAGACAUAUCUUUUAUUUCAGUAAAGACAGGGAAGCAAGGAAACAACUACAUUUGUCCUGUCCCCAGCUCGGGUUGAAGUAAGCUGUCAGUUCCUGCAUAUCUGUUAUUCCCUUUGUGAAUAAUUUGUAAAUUGUAUAUGUAAAUGGUAAACAUGACUUUUGAUCUUUGUAAUAAAGGACCUAAACAAUU